AUGACGGGUCCCGCAGCGGCUCCCGUGGGACAUGCCCACCCGCGGCGGCGCCAAUCUAGGGCUGACCUGGUCAAGACGCUCCUCCGUCCUGCGGACGUGCCCGAGUCGUACGUCGACCUCUUUGACCGCACACUCGAAGAAGACGAGGAGGGUGGCUUGGGCAAGAUUAGCAGGCGGGGGCUCACGCGCCUCUUUGCGGCGGCGCGCAUCAGCUCGGAGCAGAGGGACCGCAUAUUGGGCAUCGUGUCGCCCGGAGGCGGCGAUGUAGGCCGGAACGAGUUCAACGUGUUGCUGGCGCUGGUCGGGCUGGCGCAGGAAGGAGAGACACUGAGCUUGGAUACUGUGGAUGAGCGCAAGGGAGAUCUCCCGCAACCCAAGUUCAUUGGUAUCAACGCUGAGCCCGAAUUGCAUACGGCCGAGCUCGCUGCCAAACCUCCACAAACACCCGCCAAACAGCCAACCUCCCAGCCGACGCCGCCGACGCCGACGCAGCAACGACGGCAGCAGCAGCAGCAGCAACAGAACGACGAGAGGCAGCCGCGCAGGCCCUCGACCCCUCCUCCGCGAUCGCAAUCUUUUAGCCCGUCCACCAUGGACUUCCCUCCCGAUGCCGACGCGGACCCGUGGAACUCACCCGACGUCCACAAGCACCAUCAACACAACUCCGAUGGCAUAGUCCCCACAUUAUCCAACCAAUCCACGGCCGCCAUCGCGCCUACCAACGGCAACGGCCUCCAGGCUUCCGAACAUAACGACGGCGGUGGCGGCGGCGGCUCGGACGGAGGGAGCUAUCCAUCCAUGUCCAUGUCCAUGCCCGCCCCGUCUACCGACCCCAUCUCUGCCUAUACCACCCCUUCCCAGAGCGUGCAGCAAGAACCACCGUUCCCCAGGGCGAUUAGCAGCGGCCGGACGGGCAACUCCCUGGAAGAGGUUGUCACGGUGAACCUCAUGCCCGAGAAGGAGGGCAUCUUUUUGUUCCAGCACCACAACUACGAGGUUUCGAGCUCGAGGCGGGGAAGCAAGGUGGUGCGUCGGUACAGCGAUUUCGUAUGGCUCCUCGAGUGCCUGCACAAGAGGUACCCCUUUAGGGCACUGCCUCCGCUACCGCCCAAGCGCGUUGCUGUCAACGGUAACCACCUCUCCAACGACCGUGCUUUUAUGGAGAAGAGAAGGCGGGGCCUUGCCCGAUAUCUGAACGCCCUUGUGCGACAUCCUAUCUUGGGCCAGGAGCAGCUCGUUGUCAUGUUCCUUACCGUGCCAACUGAGCUCGCUGUCUGGCGAAAGCAAGCCACCAUCUCGGUGCAGGAAGAGUUUGAUGGACGGCCUUUGCCCCCUGGUCUCGAGGACUCGCUCCCGCCAACUCUGGAAGAGCUGUUUGCGCGCUCGCGGCUUGGCAUCAGGCGGUCGACCGAGCUGUACAUUGGCGUGUGCAACAUUGUGGACCGGCUAGUCAAGCGCACCGAGGGCGUGGCCGCGGACCAUGGUCGGCUAGCGUUAUCGCUCGCGUCCCUGACGGACGCGACGGCGGACACCUACGCAACGGAUACGGCCGAGGUAGCGCUCCUCAAUGACGGCCUCAUGGCCAUGGGCAAGCACCUGCGCACGGGCCAGAACCUCCUCGAGGACGAGAGCCGCGCUUGGGAGGCCGGGGUUCUCGAGGACCUCAAGCGGCAGAGAGACGGCCUCAUGAGCAUGCGGGACAUGUUUGAGAGGCGCGACAGGCUUGACCGCGAUACGAUUCCGUUCCUUGAGAAGAGGAUCCAAACCAACGAGGCGAAGCUGGCCAACUUGAGGUCGAAGCCCGAGGGUAUGGUGAAGCCGGGCGAGGUUGAGCGGGUGGCGGAGGCUAUUAUCAAGGACAAGGAAUCCAUCGUCAAGCAACAUAACCGGUCCGUGUUUGUCCGCGAAUGCAUCCGGGACGAGCUGCGGUACUUCCAAGCCUCGCAAUACCACGUGUCACGGUGGAACCAGGACUGGGCGCAGGAGAGGGUCAAGUACGCCGAGGUCCUGGCGGACAACUGGCGGGGUCUCCUCGACGAACUCGAUGGCAUGCCUCUUGGCGAAUAA